UAAACAAAAUAAAAUGUACAUAACUCAUAUAAAGUGAAAACGAACUGCCCAAACGCAUAACUCAAAUAAUUAUUAGUUAAAAUUUUUGAAAUUGGGUAUCUAAAUUUGCAGCAGCAAAAAUGUGGAAAAUCUGGCAUUUUGGGGAGUUCUAUGCUGCUCGACUAGUCGCUCUGCUGUUGGCCUUAAAUGCAAUUUGUGGAUUUAUGGUCGUAGCAGCCACAAGCAUAUCACCAGCACACUCAGCAGUAGCUGUUACUUCCGCUGCAUCUGCAUUGCCAUCUUCAGCAGUUGACACACUAUCAUUAGCAUCGCCAGCAUCAACGGCAACGUUAUCUUCUGCCUCAGCACUGGCUUCAACGUCCGCAUCAAUAAAUCAAUGUUCCUGGCAGUAUAAUGGCACUAGUUCAGUGCGUUGUGAUUUGCGUACCAUUGAACGUAGUGGCUUGGAUUUACAAGGUGCCGAAGGCACAAGUCAAUUGUUGAUAAAAUGCAGCGAUUUGUAUUCAUUCGAAUCGCAAUUACCGCAAGCAGCUUUCGCGCGCUUGCAGACGCUGGAUGCACUGCGUAUGGAGUCAUGCAAAUUGUUGCAACUGCCCAAUAACGCAUUUGAAGGACUGAGCGCUGUAAAAACGUUAGCAGUGAAUACACGCAAUGCUGAUUGGGGUCCGAGCAAAACAUUAGAGCUGUUUCCAGACUCAUUGAUAGGUUUGAAGCAAUUGACUGAGCUGGAUCUGGGUGAUAACAAUCUGCGCGCCUUACCUGCUGGAUUUCUGUGCCCUGUAGGCAAUUUGCAAACACUAAAUUUGACGCACAAUCGUAUACGAGUGGCUGAGAAUUUGGGCUUUGCUGACAUGAACUGCAAUGGUGGCAGUGAGUUGCAAGUGUUUGAUGCUAGUUUCAAUGAUUUGCGCUCUAUCACUGAAAGCUGGGGCAUUUCACGUUUGCGUCGUCUGCAACAUUUAAAUUUGCAACACAACAAUAUAUCGGAGUUAUCUGGCGAAGCAUUGGCUGGGCUGAGUUCGUUGCGUAUUGUUAAUUUGAGUUUCAAUCAUUUGGAGACCUUGCCAGAGGGUUUAUUUGCCGGUUCAAAGGAGUUGCGUGAAAUUCACUUGCAGCACAACGAUUUAUAUGAGCUGCCCAAGGGCCUGUUUCAUCGUCUUGAACAGUUGCUGGUAGUCGAUUUAUCUGGCAAUCAGUUAACUUCAAACCAUAUCGACAACACUACUUUUGCUGGCUUGAUACGCUUGAUUGUAUUAAACUUGGCACACAACGCAUUAACACGCAUCGAUUAUCGCACCUUUAAGGAGCUGUACUUCCUGCAAAUACUUAAUUUGCGUAACAACUCAAUUGGCCACAUUGAGGACAAUGCAUUCUUGCCACUCUACAAUCUGCAUACAUUGAAUUUAGCAGAAAAUCGUUUGCAUACAUUGGAUGACAAACUGUUCAAUGGCUUAUAUGUGCUCUCCAAGUUGACACUGAAUAAUAAUCUGAUAAGUGUCAUCGAGUCGAAUGUUUUCAAAAAUUGCUCUGAUUUGAAGGAGCUGGACUUGAGUUCAAAUCAACUGAAUGAGGUACCACGUGCUCUGCAGGACUUAUCCAUGUUACGCACUCUCGAUCUAGGUGAGAAUCAAAUACGUACAUUUGACAAUCAAAGCUUCAAAAAUUUGCAUCAAUUAACUGGUUUGCGCCUGAUUGACAACCAGAUUGGCAAUAUAACAAAAAGCAUGUUUGCAGACUUGCCACGCUUAAGUGUCUUAAAUUUGGCCAAAAAUCGCAUACAAAGCAUUGAACGUGGCUCCUUUGACAAAAAUUUCGAACUAGAAGCCAUACGCCUGGAUCGCAAUUUUCUCUCAGACAUAAAUGGUGUGUUCGCUACACUCGUUUCGCUGCUUUGGCUGAAUUUAUCAGAAAAUCAUCUCGUCUGGUUUGAUUACGCCUUCAUACCAUCUAAUUUAAAGUGGCUCGAUAUUCAUGGCAACUACAUUGAAGUACUGGGUAAUUACUACAAACUGCAGGAGGAAAUACGCGUCAAAACCCUCGAUGCUAGUCACAAUCGUUUGACUGAAAUUGGUGCCAUGUCCAUACCGAACACCAUCGAAUUGCUGUUCAUUAACAACAAUCACAUCAGCACAGUGCAUCCGAAUGCUUUCGUUGAUAAGGUGAAUUUGGCGCGUGUUGAUUUAUAUGCAAAUGCGAUGUCGAAGCUGCAAUUGCAGCAAUUACGCGUUGCGCCAGUGCCACCCACAAAGCCAUUACCUGAAUUUUAUCUCGGCGGUAAUCCGUUCGAGUGUGACUGCACCAUGGACUGGCUGCAGCGCAUUAAUAAUGUCACAACACGUCAACAUCCACGAGUUAUGGACUUGCCAAAUAUUGAAUGCGUUAUGCCACAUGCACGGGGCGCUCCAGUUCGUUCGCUAACCAGUCUCAAGCCGCAAGACUUUUUGUGCCGCUAUGAAUCACAUUGUUUUGCGCUGUGCCACUGCUGCGACUUUGAUGCAUGCGAUUGUGAAAUGACGUGCCCCAACAAUUGCACUUGUUACCAUGACCAAAUAUGGUCAACAAAUGUCGUUGACUGUGGUAAUCAGCAAACCACUGAGCUGCCACGUCGUGUGCCUAUGGACUCUAGCAUUGUGUACUUAGACGGCAAUAAUUUUCCCGUGCUGAAAAAUCAUGCCUUCAUUGGUCGCAAAAAUUUGAAGUCACUUUACGUAAAUGGCAGUCAGGUAGUCAGCAUACAGAAUCGCACAUUCGCUAGUUUGGUCACACUGCAAAUGCUGCACCUGGCAGAUAAUCGCCUGCAAACUCUGCACGGUUAUGAGUUUGAGCAUUUGUCGGCUUUGCGCGAACUCUAUUUACAGAACAACCUGUUGACGUCGAUUGAGAAUGCAACGCUGGCACCGCUUAUCUCGCUGGAAGUGCUGCGAAUUGAUGGCAAUCGCUUAGUGACGUUGCCCAUUUGGCAGUUGCAACUACCACAAUUUAAACAACUUCGCGUUUUAGGCUUGGGCCGCAACCAUUGGAGCUGUCGCUGCAAAUUCCUACACGAGCUGACAACUUAUGUUGCUGACAAUGCCUUGAUUGUGCAGGACUCACAGGAUAUAUAUUGCAUGGAUGUUGGCAGCGCCGAGCAGCAGCUAAAAGGCGCUGAACCACAAAAACGUGAAAUCGAUUUUAAUACCACAGCAGCGUGCACUGAUUACUAUGCAGGCGGCUCCGUGCUACAGAAUGGCAUACCCAAAUCAUACAUACCAUUGCUAGCAGCAGCUCUGGCAUUGGUAUUUCUGCUCGUUGUAGCUAUUGUCAUAUUUGUGUUUCGUGAAUCUUUACGUAUUUGGUUGUUUGCCCAUUAUGGUGUGCGCGUCUUUGGGCCACGUUGUGAGGAAUCCGAAAAACUAUAUGAUGCAGUGCUGCUGCAUUCAGCUAAAGACUCAGAGUUUGUGGGGCAAUAUUUGGUAGCCGAACUUGAAACAGGUCGUCCACCUUUGCGCGUUUGCCUACAGCAUCGAGAUUUGGCGCACGAUGCAACACAUUAUCAAGUGCUUGAGGCAUCACGUGUAUCACGGCGCAUUGUCAUCUUGUUAUCGCGCAAUUUUCUGCAAACAGAAUGGUCGCGUUGUGAACUACGGCGUGCCGUGCAUGAUGCAUUACGUGGACGACCACAAAAGCUAGUUAUUAUUGAAGAGCCUGAAGUAUUAUUUGAAGCUGAAAGUGAUAUUGAAUUGUUGCCAUAUUUAAAAACAUCUGCUGUGCAUCGUAUACGUCGCACGGACAGACAUUUCUGGGAAAAAUUACGCUAUGCACUGCCGGUUGAUUAUCCCACAUAUCGAGGCAAUAAUUACACACUCGAUCACAACCAUGAACGCAUCAAGCAACCAGCUAGUCCUGGCAUACUAUACCGCCAAGCGCCACCACCAGCUUACUGCCAAGAGGGUGCUGAAGGUGAACAAAAUUACUCUUCCGCAACCACAGCCACACCAAGUCCACGACCUCAACGACGCGGUGUUGAACAUGCUACACUACAUCAUCCCAUUGCAGCCACCCACUUACAUCCAAAUGCAGCAGCGCAUCGAAACAGUGCAGUCGAAGUGGGUAAUGCACAGUAUUAUCAUAAUAGCACUGGUGGCGCUAACCAAUCUUAUGUGGGAGGCCGACCGCCAUCUGAACACAUCUACUCCAGCAUUGAUUCCGAUUACUCCACGCUGGAGAACGAACAAAUGCUAAUGAUGCCACCGCCAUCACCACCAGUAAACGUUGGUAACGGUAAUGGCAACAGCAUACAACGCAUGCACCAGCAACAACUGCUGCAGCAACACCAACAGCAACACCAACAGCAACAGCAGCAUUCGCAGACAUGGCGACCGCAACAAAAUCAAAAACAACGCACCGAUCACAGUGGCACAUUAACCGCAAACGCAGUUGCAGCGCCAACAACAGCCUUGACAGGACAACAGCAAGGACAACACGUGCAGGCAUAUUUAGUGUAAAUGUAGUGCUAGUAAAUCUAUUAUUAAAAAUAUUGACAUACAUUGGAAACAAUGUAGCAUGUAUGUAUGAAGAGAAAAAGGACUGGUUCCUCUAUUUAAUAAAAUCGCAUAAAUUUAAAUUAUUUAUAAAAAUAUAAUAUAUAGAAAAAAAAAAAAUACAUAAAAAAGAUAUAAAAUUGGCUGUUGCUCACUCAGCACAGCUGCAACUGAGAGACAAACUACUUAAACCCAGUGAAUAGUAUAGGACGUACGUAAUUGAAUUUUCCUCAUCUGGUAUAUAAUUAAAUAUGUAUGUAUUCUAACUGCUACGAUUGA